CUUAACUAUUCGACGUGCUUCUUGCAUAUAAUUUUUGUUCUUAGAUUUGCUGUGUUUGGUUCGCUCACAUAUAUAACUCUAAUAUUGCAUUUUAUACCAGCUAAUGAGCUGAGCAAUUCAUUGAGCUAAAGUAAAGCUUUUUUCUUCGAUUAGUUUUGGGCCUUUUGUUCUAGUUGUAACGGUAUGAUUUUUGCCUUUAUUUUUUCCGAGGGACUGGGGUUAGUGGAUUAGGAAUGAAAAAAUCUUGCGUAUCGAACAAACAUUUCCAUUCAUUUUACAAUUUGAAGCGAACAAAACAAUAAAUUUCCGUGGACAAGUACGAUUCGCAGAAACAAUGCAUUACCUAUGCUAAACUUGGCACAGGUUUGAAUUUUCUCUAUUAGCAAAUAAUUCUUACUUUAUUCAUUGUAAGUUUUCAAAAGCAACUUCUAUCUGAUAUCACUUUAAAUUUCACUGUGGCGCCGAGAAAAAGAAAAUAUUGCUACAUGUAUUUAUAACGAAAAAUAACAGUUGAACUGCGUUUUACUACGUUUCCUGUUCCUUCCAAUCUGUGAUCACCAGAAUUGAUGUCAAAAAAAGAACGAAUGAAUAUUCCUGCGGUACCGAUUAAGAGAAUCACAACUUAAUAUAUUCUGCAAAGUCGCAUGCAAAUUGCUAAAGCUAUUUGCUCGGUUUUGAGUCAAUAUUUUUCUAUUUUUGAUUUCCUUUUUAAGUUAUUUCCAUGAUUAUUUAAAUUAAUUCGGUAUUUUCAACUUCCCCUGCAUACAGAUAAGUCUUACGACAGCAAGAAACCGUUGCAUCCUAUGGUACGCGAUAAAAAAGUCAGCCUGGUGUUGAUCACGAAAACUGUUCUUGAAAGCAUCGUAUUGUUUCAUUGUCUUCGUAGUCUAAACAUCCCAAUUUCACACUCGCUAAAGUCAUGUGAGAAAGCGGGAUUGAAGCCAAACACUCAAAUGCGCAGUUGUACACGUACUGAGUCGUCGACAAUUUAUGGCACAGUAAAAUAAUCUAACACUCAGAUCAUAACGUUAAUUUUAUCAAAAUGUGAAAAAUACUUCUCUAGCAGUAGCUCUUUAGAGAAACUGGCUGAUAACGAAACAAAUGAUCCCUAACCAAGUCACGGUCAAGAAUAAACGACAGAACAUGUUCAAGUGACGGGAUUUUCGCGAAAAUGUUUACUAACAUUAGCCUAUCGCAGAUCCACACGAGCGAGCAUAUUGUACUAAAGAGAUACAUCAGUACUGGCAGUUGAUUGUCAACAGAGGAGAACGGAGGAGAUAAUAGCAAGACACGACUAAGACAAGUAUCACCAACAAGCAGAUUUGAUUCACUGAGUUCAUCAUGCAGUUAAGACAUGCUUUCCUCUUGUGUUUGGCCGUCGUUUGCCAUGGAAAAUCGACUAACGUGUCCACGAAAGAUCCUAAACAACUGGACGCAGGGCAGAAAGGCGAUUCCAGCUGUAAAGGAAACCUUUGCCCAGGAAAAACUGCAAAGGCCAAACCAAGGUCUUGCGUCGAUCAUCUAAGAAAUGGCGCCAACAGCUGUGGCUACUACAAGAUUUACGAUGCUGCCGGGAAUGGAUUCACUGUGUACUGUGAUAUGCAGACUGAGCCUGGUGCAGCAUGGGCUCUUCUCAUAUCUUGGAGUUUUAAAAACAAGGGUUUCUCGCAAUUCAGGAGCUCCCCUCUCUCAGUCAACGAUCCGGUCAACGAAAAUUCGCCAAACUGGUUCCUUUAUCGACUGACAGCUGACCGAAUGAAGUCUUUGAGAGACGUAUCAACCCACUGGCGGGCUACCUGCAGUUUUGACAAAUACGGUAUCAACCAUUACAAAGAUUACAUCCGUGGACGGUUUGCGGAGGCUGAUAUCUUCGCUUUCCUAGGUAGAGGUAUUUGUCUCAAGACCGAGCUUGUGAACAUUCGUGGUCACAUGGGCAUACGCAAGACAGCCAGGUUUUGGCAGGUUAUCAGCACGUACCUUCUACAUAUCGACAGCUCCCAUAAAGGUUGCCAGUUUGAUCCAACUGUUGGUUCCGUGUCAAGUGAAGAUAACUUUGGGUUUUACCACACAGCAAAUCCCAAGUUUACCUGUACCAUGAAUGAGGACUCCACCACACAGUGGUGGUUCGGUGGCUAUCAAUAGCUCAUUGUGCGUUGUGUUUGAAGUCGUAGUUUCUUUGGGCUAUCGCCAGUUUAUGGAAUAAAAUAAAGCUCACAAUGA